GUGUUUUUGUGACGAGCCGAAUGUUUUGAUUGAAAUUUAAUGUGCUGUGCAAAAGGGAGUGCCAAAUAAACAGAAAAGUAAUUUGAUUUUGUUUUGCAACUAAAGUUGAGUAUUGGACAAUGCCUCAGGGCCGCAGGAAAGUUCCGUUCAGCGGAAAGCAAAAGAAACAGCAGCUUUUAGCUAAAAAGCAUGCUAAAUCGAGCACCUCGCACAACAUUAUCCGGAAGUUGCGCGAUGAGGAAUCCAGCGACAUUAGUGAGGACAGCGACUUUCCGAAGACGUUCCACGAGAAUGUGGAGAAGAUCAACCUCCAACCGUUGAAGGAUCCCCGCAGCAAGGCCAACCGGUACGUGCUACAGUUCCAUCGGGAGACGGGCAAAGAACUACGGGAAAUGAAGGAGGAAGCUCUGAAGGCGCUGGUGCCAUGUCGACCGGAGCAGCUGGAACUGGCCGACAACUAUUUUGUGGGCUUCGAAUUCCCCAAGCGACCCAAGUGGAACUACGAAAUGUCCAAGGAGCAGUUGGAUAGCAAUGAGAAUCGUUAUUUUUUUAAGUACAUCACAUACAUGGAGAAGAGCCAUUACGAUGAUAUGAAAUCUCUGAGCUUCUGUGAGCUCAACUUGGAAACCUGGCGUCAGCUUUGGAGAGUGCUCGAGCUGUCCGACAUUGUGCUAGUGAUUGUAGAUGCACGUUUUCCGACGUUGAUGUUUCCUCCGUCGCUGUAUCACUACGUGACGGAAGAUCUCGGGAAGGGUAUGAUGCUGGUGAUUAACAAGGUAGAUCUAGUGGAACCGGAAAUGAUCCUUGCUUGGAAACGCUAUUUCCAACAAACGUACAAAGACAUAGAGGUUGUCCUGUUUACGUCCUAUCCUUCGUACAACCUGCGAGGAAAGCAGGAAAGCAAGCAUGGAUUGAAGAUCCGUAGACGCAAGGGUCGAAUGCGUAUGGCCGCCGAAGGAGCCCAACAGAUCUACAACAUUUGCCGGGAGUACACCGGAGAUCAGGUAGAUCUAAGCUCGUGGCAGCAGAAAAUCCUCGAAGAACGAAGUGCCCCAAUGGAUGUGGACGGAGAAGAUGAUGAGUCUUUUGAAGCGGAAAGAACGCACGAGGAAGAGAAGGAUUUCUCGUUCGAAGAGCACAUUAAAUUCAAAGACGGGGUGCUGACGAUUGGCUGCAUCGGAUUUCCCAAUGUGGGAAAGUCCUCCCUGCUCAACGCUGUGAUGGGUAAAAAAGUGGUCUCGGUUAGUAGAACACCAGGCCACACAAAGCACUUUCAAACGAUCUUCCUCACCAAUACUGUCCGUCUCUGUGAUUGUCCCGGUCUGGUAUUUCCGUCAGCCGUCCCCCGGAAGCUUCAGGUUCUGAUGGGAAGCUAUCCGAUCGCCCAGCUCCGUGAACCUUAUGCCUCUAUCAAGUUCCUAGCCGAACGUUUGGAUCUGCCGGCGCUACUCUCGUUGAAGCAUCCUUCAAAUGAUACCAACGAGGAAUGGUCUGCCAUCGACGUAUGCGACGCUUGGGCCAUCAAACGUGGCUUCCUGACUGCUAAAACUGCCCGUCCAGACACUUACCGCGCGGCUAAUCACAUCCUACGAAUGACACUGGAUGGUAAAAUUACCCUCGCCCUCAAACCUCCCGGCUUCCACCAGAUGCUGGAACAGCUACAAUCGGAUCCCGAACUAACGGCGGUCCGGGAAAUUCAGGCUCUGACCGAGAACAGUGAGAAAGAGGACGACGAUGACUACAUAUCGGACACGGACACGGAGGAUUUCGCCGGUGCUGCUAGCAACGAUGCCGACAACGAGGAGGACGAAGAAGGCAAUUCAACGCUCUCCCCGGUCGGGUCCAAAAUUUCCAAUCCAUUCUCGCUGCUCGGGACCGGGAGUCCGGAGUAACUAAAUUGAAUUCAAUGUUAUAGGAUCGUUUUUGAACUACUUAUAUACGCUUUUUACUCUAUACAUAUUUUACCGAGAAAGUCACUGAGAUUAGCGAGAACGAGAGCAAGAGAAAGAGAAAGCGGAUAUGGAAUAAGAUUUGCACACGUGUUUGUUACGUAUAUUUAUUGUUACUUCACGAAAGUCUCUAAAUGCAUUCUAAAAGAGAAUACCUACUGUAUUUUGCCCUUCGCAAUAAAGAAGCUAUGAAGCUGAA